GAACGACAGUGAGAGCGUAGUGACAUUUCGCGGCCGACGCGGCAAGGCCCUAUUCGCGCCACCGCGCUCGGAGUCGUGGCUGCGACCAAGCUGCGACUCAGUAUUACUUCCAUCCUCCUCUCCACCUCCCAUACCCGCCCUCGUUGUCAUUGACGGCGGCAAAGCGCGAUGAGCACAUUCGACCCGUUGAGCAACGGCUUCGCUGAAGAGCCGCCAUGGCCGACGACCCCUCACGUCCCGAACACGCCCAUCCCCAACCUACCACGCCCCGCACCUUUGCAUACCGACUCCCUGCGCUCUGCGGGCGGAUUGUACGGCAAGGAGCCACAGAUAUACGGACAGCCUGAGCCUGGGCUCAUCUCGCCGCGUGUCACGACAGCCUCGAAUGGUGCAAAGUAUGAGCGGCCAGAGCCAUAUCUCCGAGUACGGAUUACGGGGUUGGACAGAAAUAGGCGGGACAUCCUGGUGAAAUUCGAUGCACAGACGAAUCUAGCAAACUUCACUGGCACGACGUAUCGCAAUGUGUCGCGCUCCUACGUCGAGUUCCAGCAGUUUUACGAAGCCGUCGUGAACACAACCCCACAGACCAUCAUACCAGCCCUUCCUCUCCCCCGGACCUCCGCGCCGACUGACGAGGAAGAUGACCGCCUGGUCAAAAUCAUGCUGCAACGGUGGUUGACACGGAUUUGCGAGGACCCCAUCCUGCUGCAGGAAGAAGAGCUGCGCUCUUUCAUCGAGAGCGACUUCGGGUACCAGCCGACACCGAAUGUACGGCGAAAAGCGUCGAGCGGGUUCAGCCUGAUCAAGCCGCGCGUGCCCGACGAGGACGAGGAGCUGCAGCGCGCACGGUUCGAGCUGACCAAGCUCGAGGGGCAAUACUUCGAGGCGGCCAAGGCGAUCGACAAGCUCUCGCGGGCUCGGAAGACACUCGGCGCCGUGCGCGCGGAGAUGGGCAACAAGCUCGUGAAUGUCGCGACGACGGAGGCUCACCCGCCCCUUGGAAACGCGUUCCAAAAGAUUGGCAGGGCGUGGCAUAGUUUGGCGGACCUCGACCAAGCUCAGGGUAUCAGCGAAUGUGUCAUUGUUGGUGAUUCGCUGGGCUAUCAGGGUCUUAAUGCGCGGUCUGCCAGGGAGACACUGCAGCAACGAACGGCGGUGCUGGAGGACUAUCAGACUGCCGUCAAGGCGUCUAUCUCCAAGCGCAGGAACUUGGAACGACUCAAGGCGAGUAGCAACAUUAGGUCAGAAAGGGUUGAUGAGGCGCUCGAGGAGAUGGAGGAGGCGAACAAAUACGAGAUGAUCUUGGCGAAGCGUGCAGAAGGCAUCUCGCAGAACUUGCACCGAGCCCUCGACAGACACAAAAGGCUCGUCACUGAGGAUGUGACAACGGCGCUAGUUGAGCACGUACGCUCCUCUAUUCUUUACGAGCGUCAGAUGCUGCGUGAACUCGAGGCUCUCAAACCCGACGUCAGCAGUGCGAACAAGAAGUUCGUGCCGGCGCCGAAGACGAACGGCGCCCCCCGUCCAUCCUAUGUCCCUCCUCUCGAAGACUUCACCAAGCCUGCCCCUCGCCCAGCUUCGGCAGCACCCACGGGCUCGUUUAGGGUACCACCAGCACUGGCAACAUCGGCGUCCCAGCAGGGGCCCUCGCGUGCCGCCAAUGCUUCUCCUCAGCCUCCCCUGCCAGCGUCGCCUGCAACUUCGACUUCAGCGAGCGUCAGAUCUCUGCCUCCGCAGUCACCUGGAGCCGGCCCGUCUUCCCCGGCGCCACAGACGACGUUCACUCCUCCCCUCGCGAAUGGUCCUCCCCUCGGAGGCCGCUUCGUCGAUGGCACCAAGUCGAUGUUCGUCAAGCCGCCCUCGUCGCCCCUCGCGGCGGCGUCGACUUUCCCGCGUGCGAGCUCGCCUCUCGCGACGGGGCGGGCCAUGCCGGAAUCUCCUCUGCACGGGUCGGCACCCUUCAGCGCGGCUGCCGCUCCCCAGCCGUCCCCCCACCCACUAGCGAACUCGAUGGGUCCCUUGGGAGGCUCGUUCUCGCGGUCGUCGAGCGGCGUGCCUGCCUCCAGCGGUCCUGCAGCCCCGCAACCGUCGCCGCUGGCCGUGGACCCGCUGACGGGGAGGCCGAUCACGAUGUCGCAGUCGGUAAGGGUGACGCCACAAAGGCCGAGGCUCGAUGCGAGGGAGGCGGCGAGCAAGCUUGCGAAUAUGUUCUAAGGGAAUACCGUGAAAUAUUGUUCUUCAACUCUCAUUAUUGUUUGUGCUUCCGGAUACAAAUGGAAUGUUUUGCUCGUUCUCAGGCAUGUCGCUUUGGCUCUAGGGAGAAGUGCCAUGCAGAUUUGUAUCAGGCCCACUGAUCUGGUGCAAUUCUCACCUAUCGUUGAGACCAGCCACGGUACUCCUGAUACUUAUCUACCCGCUCAAUCGGCGCACGAUGGUCAUUCUACGCCUCUUUUAUCUAUCUGUGGAGGCCCGAAAUGCUUGUUCUGCGAUGGCACC